CUCCCUCUCGCGCUCUCUCCUCCCGGCCUCACAUCCGGGUCUGGAGCGCGGCCGCCGCUGUCACUGUUGGUGCGAGCGCGUCAGGGCCGGGCCGGGGCGCUGUAAAUGGCGGCGGAAGGAGGCGGAGCGGCGGCCACGCUCAGCCCAGAGCCUCCGAAACUUUAGGUUCAAACCCGGGAACUUUCCGGGAAGCGCUGCCGCUCCGGAGGCGUGGACAGAAGGGGAAGCUGAGGCGGGAAGUCUGGGGGACGCGGCGGGGAGCCGGGGAGACUCGAACCCGCGGCGGGGGCGGAGUCCGCCAGUGCCUCGCGCCUCCGCGGCCCCCGCCUCUUUCUCCACCCUCCCGGCGGCCGCCGCCGGGGCCGGGGCUGGGGCCUGAGCCGCAGCCGCAGCCGCAGCCGCCGCCGCCGCCGCACUCCGCGCGGACCCCAGGACUGCGCCGGGCCUCGCAGGCGGCGGCGCGCGGAGCUCGGCGGGGCCCUCUCCUCGCGACCUCUUGGCCCUGUUGCUCGGGCGCACCUGGCGCGUGUGAGGCCCGGGCCGACGGCUUCGGGAAGCGAGGAGGAGGCCGGGCCACGCACAGCCCCCACCGGCCCAGCGUCCUGGGGCCGGGCCCCUGGUAGUGUAUGCGGGGCGGGGUGGCCGUGAGCCGGAGGCGAAGAUGGAAGGCUUAACGCUGAGCGAUGCGGAGCAGAAAUACUAUUCAGAUCUCUUCUCCUACUGCGACAUUGAGAGCACCAAGAAGGUGGUGGUCAACGGGCGGGUGCUGGAGCUGUUCCGGGCCGCGCAGCUGCCCAACGACGUGGUCCUCCAGAUCAUGGAGCUUUGUGGUGCAACAAGACUUGGUUAUUUUGGAAGAAGUCAGUUCUACAUUGCUUUGAAACUUGUAGCUGUUGCCCAGUCUGGUUUCCCUUUAAGAGUGGAAAGUAUAAAUACAGUAAAGGACCUUCCUCUGCCAAGAUUUGUUGCUUCAAAGAAUGAACAGGAAUCUCGCCAUGCAGCCUCAUAUUCUUCAGAUUCUGAAAAUCAGGGUUCAUAUUCUGGUGUGAUUCCCCCACCACCUGGCAGGGGGCAAGUGAAAAAGGGAUCCGUAACCCAUGAUACGGUUCAGCCUCGUACAUCUGCAGAUGCACAGGAACCUGCAUCCCCAGUAGUUUCACCACAGCAAUCUCCACCAACUUCUCCACACACAUGGAGAAAGCACAGCCGUCACCCCAGCGGUGGGAAUAGUGAGAGGCCUCUUGCGGGAUCUGGGCCAUUUUGGUUUCCCUUUGGUGAAGCACAGUCAGGUUCUUCUGCUGGUGAUGCAGUGUGGUCAGGGCAUUCCCCACCUCCACCUCAAGAAAACUGGGUCAGUUUUGCAGAUACUCCACCAACCAGUACUCUUUUAACCAUGCAUCCUGCUUCUGUCCAGGACCAGACAACAGUACGAACUGUAGCAUCAGCUACAACUGCCAUUGAAAUUCGUAGGCAAUCCAGUAGUUAUGAUGAUCCCUGGAAAAUAACAGAUGAACAAAGACAGUAUUAUGUAAAUCAGUUUAAAACCAUUCAGCCUGAUCUAAACGGAUUUAUUCCAGGAUCUGCAGCUAAAGAGUUUUUUACAAAAUCAAAACUUCCUAUUCUUGAACUUUCUCAUAUUUGGGAACUCUCAGACUUUGAUAAAGAUGGUGCAUUGACACUAGAUGAGUUUUGUGCUGCUUUUCAUCUGGUGGUUGCUAGGAAGAAUGGCUAUGAUUUACCAGAAAAACUUCCUGAAAGCUUAAUGCCCAAACUGAUUGAUUUGGAAGAUUCAGCAGAUGUUGGGGAUCAGCCAGGUGAGGUAGGUUAUUCAGGCUCUCCUGCUGAAGCUCCUCCAAGCAAGUCACCAUCGAUGCCGUCACUAAACCACUGGCCUGAGCUGAAUCAGAGCAGUGAGCAGUGGGAGACAUUUAGUGAACGCUCUUCAAGCUCACAAACUCUGACCCAAUUUGAUUCUAACAUUGCACCAGCUGAUCCUGAUACUGCUAUUGUUCAUCCAGUUCCCAUUCGUAUGACUCCAAGCAAAAUCCACAUGCAGGAAAUGGAACUUAAAAGAACUGGCAGUGAUCAUACAAAUCCCACUAGCCCAUUACUUGUGAAACCAUCUGACCUUUCAGAAGAAAAUAAGAUAAAUUCAUCAGUGAAAUUUGCUUCUGGUAAUACUGUAGAUGGUUACAGUAGUUCAGACUCUUUUACUUCUGACCCAGAACAGAUCGGGAGCAAUGUAACUCGUCAAAGGUCUCAUUCAGGAACGUCGCCUGAUAACACUGCACCACCACCUCCCCCUCCAAGGCCACAGCCCUCUCAUUCUAGAUCAUCAUCUUUAGAUAUGAAUCGGACCUUUACAGUCACCACAGGACAACAACAGGCUGGAGUUGUUGCCCAUCCUCCUGCAGUGCCUCCAAGACCACAGCCCUCACAGGCUCCUGGUCCCGCUGUGCAUCGCCCAGUGGAUGCCGAUGGCCUCAUGACUCACACUAGUACCUCACCUCAGCAGAUACCGGAGCAACCAAAUUUUGCGGAUUUCAGCCAAUUUGAAGUAUUUGCUGCAUCAAAUGUAAAUGAAGAACAAGAUGAUGAAGCUGAGAAACAUCCAGAAGUUCUGCCGGUUGAAAAAGCUUCUGAUCCUGCAGGUUCUCUUCGAGUUGCCAAAACAGAUAGUAAAACUGAAGAAAAGACAGCUGCUAGUGCUCCCGCCAAUGUGAGCAAAGGCACAACACCUCUUGCUCCACCACCUAAACCUGUUCGAAGAAGAUUAAAAUCAGAAGAUGAAUUAAGGCCAGAAGUUGAUGAACAUACACAAAAGACAGGUGUCUUAGCUGCUGUUCUUGCAUCACAGCCUUCUAUUCCCAGAUCUAUUGGGAAAGAUAAGAAAGCUAUUCAGGCAUCAAUUAGACGCAAUAAGGAAACCAACACAGUUUUGGCCAGAUUGAAUAGCGAAUUGCAGCAACAGUUAAAGGAUGUUCUUGAGGAGAGAAUUUCCCUGGAAGUUCAACUGGAACAACUUCGACCAUUCUCUCACCUAUAAGCCAAUUGCCGUUAACUGUGAACAUAGUCAUUUUUAAGUGAUUUUGGGUUCAGAGCCAAUUUGGAGACCCAAACAUUCAGCUCAUUGCUUAAUUCAACAUUAAAUUUUAUGAUUCUGUUUUGCCCUAUAUGUUCACCAUUGUAUUUAAGUAUCUUUUAUUUUUUAAUUUCAACAAUAAAAAGGUCAGGAUGACGUUU